AUGAAUCAGAAACACAGAGCAGUUCCAGACAAAGCAUUCUAUGAUUGGAGAGGAUUUGUGCCGACAAGGUCUUUCUGUUUGCCUUAUGACUCCAGUCAAGUUACUUUCUCUCAAUCAUCAUCAAUAUUUCGGGAUUAUUAUACUAAAACCUUUAAAGCCUUUAUUAAAAAGGAGCAAAAACCUAUCAGGCCAGAACCACAAUCACAACCCAGGAUAAAAGAUACUCCAAAUAAAACUGAUAAACAUGACAAUAAAGUUAAAAGAAUUGGACCACACAUAGAAAUCUUCCAAGUAUUCCGAGAAAGAAAAAAAUUCAUGAUUACCCCAAAAUUGAUUAGAAUGGUCACCAUCAUGCAGGCGCAUGUCAGGGGAUGGCUUGAACGCAAAAGAUUGCAAAGAGUAAUGACCAAGGCUUUAUAUCAUGGACCGGAUAUGAAAGCAGUUAUUAACAUGUAUGGCAGACUAAUCCACCGUGUUAGAUAUCGACGUGGUCUUUGGAGGACAAGACAAAUUGUCAACUUAUCAGAGCUAGAGGAAUGGAUGGACCGAAAAAAAUUCUAUGAAAUAAUAUUUGCUAAGAGGGAAUAUUGGCCAAAAAUGGAAAGAAGUGAGCUCCCCAAUUUCUUCAGUGACUGUGGACAUUUCCCAACUCAGAAACAAAUUGAUGAUACUUGGGACCUGGUCCAUCAAGAUGGCAAAGAAAAAUAUUCUGAACUAAUCAAAAAGUCCAAAGCAAUUGAAAUGUUAUUUACACUCUAUCCUCCUGAAGGUGCACAUGUGCCUAACAGUACACUACUCAAGUCAACUUGGUUGAGACCCAUAGUAAAUGGGGAAGAAGGUUAUAAAUAUAUAGCUUUAACAAUACUGCUUCAAGCUGAUAGUGGUUUAAGAUGA